UAUUUGUUCGCAGAUAGUGUAUUAAGAAAUUGAUUGGAUUUACAAUCUUUAGGUGUCGCGUUUACGAGUUAUGCGAGUGUAUCCGGCUGCGAUUGAUUCCGCAGUUCGGGAAAGGAACGCAGAAAAAUACCGUGUAUUCGGAGGAAGGGGAAAACUUCUCAACACUUGCAAUUCUUUCUUGAGAGCUUGAACGCCUCUCAUUCUAUCGUUUUCGUUGCUUCCCGCUUAAAAACUGACUGUGUUGGGCACGUCGUGUCCUUUUUUUCACUGAGUGGCUGCUAUUCCGUCGCACUUGAGGGAUCGCAUACUUUGACGGAGGACGAAGAUUUCAGAUGUGCCUUAUUCUGGCGGAGCAAGGGAUACAAGUACUGCGGAUGUUUUGUUCCGGUUUUUGGAGCGUGUUGUGAAUCCUGGGGUUAGCAUUAAUCCAUCCCAGGUUGUGUAGGACAUGGGCAAGGCUUCGAGGUCCGAAGAAAGUUCGGCAUCAGACGAUGAUUCGUUGAAUUCGGGGUCGGAUUCGGCCGAACACUCUUCCAGUGAAUCGGCCAACAAGGAGCAGGAUGGUACCUCCAACGAGUCAUGGACGAAGAAGAGCAAGCGUACCAUGCGUGAACGGAAGGGCACUGUCGAGAAGAAGAAAACGGAUGACCUGAAGCAGUGUUGGGGCAAAGACCCAAACCUGUAUGGGAUUCGUCGAUCGGGAAGAAGCCGCCAGGAACCCAGUAGGCAAUCUACAACUAAUGAUGAGUCCGACGCUGACUCUGGCAAAAAUGAGAAGCACGCGGGAAGUCGUCGUCGCUCUCGAAACAGGAGUGGAACGAGUUCGAAGUCUAGAUCGUCCGACAGGAUGGACUCCGACUCGGGGUCUGACGUGUCACGCCCACGUGCGAAACCCAACACCAAGAAAAGUAGUUCUGCGGUUACUUCCAAGGGUGGGGGUCGGCGUGUGCAGUUGUCCGAGUCGUCAGAUGAUUCGAGUUCCUCUGUUGCUGGCUCGGUGAAGGUUCGCAACACGUCCAGACGGGCUGCAGCCAAGGUGAACUAUCGUGAAGUCAGCGACGAUGAAGAAGAGGAAGUCGUGAAAACGAGCAAUGCCCGGAAAAAUGGGGAAGAGUUUGAAGACUACCAGCCUGGACUCCGGCCACCCGAUCCAGAGGAGGGUGAAUGCGUGGAGAAGGUGAUGGAUCAACGAGUCGGACAUGUGGAUGCUGUGGGUGCUUGCACGACUGUGUAUGCCAUAACGAAGAAUGGGGAUCCGAACGCGAGUUUCGAAGCGGAAGUCACGUCCGAACUCGCCGAAGAACAAUUCCUUAUCAAGUGGAUGGGCUGGUCUCACUUACACAACACGUGGGAGAGUCUGCGUAGCUUACGUGAGAUGGGAGUUCGUGGCAUCAAGCGGGUCGAGAACUACAUCAAGAAAGACAAGGAACUUCGUGCGUGGAAGACUGUGGCCAACCCCGAAGAUAUAGAAUACGUAGAAUGCCAGCGAGACAUGAUGCAGGAGUUGGCGGAAAGCCAUAUAAACGUGGAACGCGUGAUUGCGUCGUACGACAAGCCGCUGGGGACGCAUGCCGACUACCUGAUCAAGUGGGAAAACCUGUCGUACUCUGAAUGCACUUGGGAAGACGGAGCGUUGAUUGAAGAACGUUGGAAAGAUCGGAUUGAAGAGUUUCGACGGAGAGAGCAGUCGAAAUGCUUGCCACAGCCGCCGAAUGCCCUCGUCCGCCUCCUGCGAAACCGUCCCAAGUUCGUACCCGUCAAAGAACAACCGACAUUCCUGGGUUCCGUGCCUAGUCUCCGCCUGCGUGACUACCAAUUGGCGGGUCUCAACUGGCUCGUGAGUUCCUGGUGUCACGACCGGAGCGUGAUUCUUGCCGAUGAGAUGGGCCUCGGGAAGACUGUUCAAGUGAUCUGUUUCCUGGCCUAUCUUUUCCGGCAUUACGAAGUCUACGGACCGUUCUUGGUGGUCGUGCCGUUGUCGACGUUGACUGCGUGGCAGCGUGAAUUCCUCACGUGGUUCCCGGACCUGAAUGUCGUCGCGUAUAUUGGUGACACGCAUUCGCGGAACACGAUUCGCGCAGUGGAAUGGAUCGCGGAUGGGGGACGAUUGAAACCGAAUGCAGUUCUCACGACCUACGAGAUCCUGUUGAAGGACCGAGCGUUCUUGGAAGCCAUGGACUGGGCUGUGCUGGUUGUAGACGAAGCACAUCGACUCAAGAAUGAUGACUCGCUGCUUUAUCGCUCGCUGCACGUUUUCCGCACGCACUUGCGCGUGCUCGUCACUGGCACUCCGCUCCAGAACUCUCUCAAAGAGCUCUGGGCUCUGCUUCAUUUCAUCAUGCCGGACACCUUUCCCGACUGGGAAUCUUUUGACGAAGAGCACGGCGCUACGGCGGCUGCGAACAAGACCGCCGGGUAUAAGAAACUUCACAAGCAACUGCAGCCUUAUAUUUUGCGACGUGUGAAGAAGGAUGUGGAGCGGUUGCUGCCUGCCAAGGUGGAACAGAUUCUGCGAGUGGACAUGACCAAGGCACAGAAGCAGAUUUACAAAUGGAUCCUGGCGCGGAAUUUCGAUCAGCUACGUAAAGGUUCCGGCGGAUCCAUGACCACGUUUACCAACAUUGUAGUGGAACUGAAAAAGUGCUGUAACCAUAGUCACUUGAUUCAAGCCCCGCCGCCGCUGUUCCCUGUUGGCAACGCUGCUGCUGCAGCUUCUCUUUCCUCCGCAUCGGGGGGUGGUUGUGAUGAUUCGGCAGCAGAGCAACGUAUCCAACGCCUGGUGCAAGGCUCUGGGAAACUCUUGCUGCUGGACAAGUUGCUCGUUCGGCUACGCGAGACCGGCCAUCGCGUGCUCAUAUUUUCGCAGAUGGUGCGCAUGUUGGACAUUCUGAGCGAGUAUUUGUUACUGCGUCAUUUUCCGUACCAACGGCUCGACGGCAGCAUCAAGGGGGAGCUACGACGGCAGGCAAUGGACAGAUUCAACGCCGUCGGGUCUCCGGACUUCUGCUUCUUGCUGUCGACGAGAGCCGGUGGCCUAGGAAUUAAUCUGGCGACAGCCGACACCGUGAUUAUCUUUGACUCGGACUGGAAUCCUCAAAAUGACCUGCAGGCCCAAUCACGGGCCCACCGCAUUGGCCAGAAAAAUCAGGUCAACAUUUACCGUCUCGUUACGCGUGGGUCCGUUGAGGAGACCAUAGUAGAACGGGCCAAGAAGAAGAUGAUCCUGGACCACCUUGUGAUACAGAACAUGGAUACUACUGGGCGAUCCGUGUUGGAUUGCAAAGCGUCGGCGAAUUCUUCCGUUCCUUUCGACAAGGAAGAGCUGGCUGCUAUCCUCAAGUUUGGAGCGCAGGAACUUUUCAAAGGCGAUGAUGAAACUGAAGAGGAACCUGCCUGUGAUAUCGAUGAUAUACUUCGCCGUGCUGAAACCAGAGACGAAGAACCGCGAAUGGCUGGUGAUGAGUUGCUUUCACAGUUCAAGAUUACUUCUUUUGUGUUUGGAAAAGACGAGGAUGGAAAGGAUGAUGAAAUGGAGGACGAUAAAGAGGAUGAAGGAAAGAAAGAGAAGCUGCCAAAAAAGACGAUGACGGAUGCGGAAGAAACCAAAGACUGGGCGGACAUCAUACCCGACAACUACAAGAGGAAGGUGCUUGAGCAGGAGCGAGAGAAUGAAAUGGCGGAUCUGUACGUACCGACGACGAGAACCCGGAAAUCAAAGUUGGCGAAGAAGAAAAAGGUGAAGACUUCCCGUCACGGAUCGGACGGGGAAGAAGAGGAAGAGGAGGAGGAAGAAGAAGAGGAUGAGGAUGAAGACGACGACGAGGACGAUGACGAGUACGACGAUGACAGUGAUGAGCGUGGGCGAAAACGCCGAGGGCCGAAGGCGAAAGAGUCUGUUAAAGGAUUUACUACCCCUGAGGUUCGGCGUUUUCUCAAGAGCUGGCGAAAAUUCCCGAACCCUAUGAGCCGACUGGAUUCUAUCGCGGAAGACGCAGAGCUUCAGGAGAAGUCCGCUGGUGACCUAAAGCGGCUCGGGGAAACUGUUCUGUCCAAGUGCAAGGAGGCGUUUUCUUCGCAUGAGCAGCAGAAAGACGAAGCUACCAAGGAUGCGAAGCGAACCCGUGGACCCAAGGUUAAAAUCGGUGGAGUGAUCCUUAAUGCCAAGUCUUUGCUGUCACAGAUGGAAGAUCUCAAGCCCCUCGAAUCGCUGCCAGCCGACAAGAAAGAACGCGGCAAGUGGCAGCUCGAUGUCAAGGUGAAAGCAGUCCAUUGGGACUGUGACUGGACCAAGGAGGAUGACGCGAGACUCCUACAGGGCAUCUAUGAAUACGGCAUGGGGUCGUGGGAGUCAAUCAAAACGGAUCCGAGCCUUAAGUUGGAAAAGAAGUUGCUGCCGGGUAACGGAGGAAAGCCGUCGGAGAAGCACCUUCAGACCCGUGCGGACUACCUCAUGCGGGCCAUGUCCAACGCGCCGCGUGGCAAGAAACCCAGCAAGACCGUGGCGUCGCCUCGCAAGGGCGGUCGGAAGCCCAAAACCAAAGCAUUUGUUGACGCGGACUUGAGCUCGGACGACGACGAUGCGGGAGCGGAAGGAAAGGGAUCCUGGCCACUCUCACUGACUGACAAGCAGCAACAGCACAAUAGUAGCAAUAACAAUAAUAGUAAUAGCAAACCAAAGCCGACGUUGUCGGCGACGCCUUUGUCAUCCGAUCAUCACGACAAGAAAUCCAACCAUCACAUUGGAAAGAAGCAUCAUCAUCAUCAUCACCACCACCACCAUCAUCAGCAUGGUGACGGGAAAGACGGAGGUGGUAAUACGAAUAAGCGGCCGCUGCAGUCGUCGUCCAACUCCAUGUCCGCCCCGUUGCAUUUCACGACGCAUGAGACGGUGGCCGCCAUGAAACUGACUGCGGGAAGUGAGCUUUCGGCUGACGCUUUUGCUGAAUGCAAGGAGAAAAUGCGACCCGUGAAGAAGAGUCUCAAGCAGCUGGAUGGUCCUGUGGCUGGCGGCGCCAAGGAACGCCAGAGUCACAAGCGCCGCUGCCUUCGUUUGAUUGGCGAUCACAUCAACUCAUGUCUCUUGGCGUAUCACGAUCCGGAGAAGAUUCGCGAGUGGCGCAACAACUUGUGGUUCUUCGUUUCGAAGUUUACGGAGCACGAUGCUCAAAAGCUCUAUAAGCUGUACAAAAAGGCCAAGUUGAAGGACGACAAAGAGACGCCGAAAAAGUCGGAAAAGCCUGCAACUUCGACGAAGACGCCUGCGAGGGUAGAUGUCGCCACUGCUGGAACCGGUGGCGCUGAGCCGCAUAAGCGAAAGGCGGAGGAUGAUUCGAAGCCAACUAAGCCGUUUCCUACCGCGGCCACCUCUACGAAGACCGUCCAACAUGCUGAUAAAUGGAACAAGAGGAGAAGAGACGAGGACGGACCCGCUUCAGGAACCGGGUUCCGACAUGCCAAGGAGCGCCGUCGAUCCGCUUCUCCGCCGGAAGUCGAUCGCGUCAUUUUGCCCCAGCACAAGGACGACGAGGCGGACCUGGAGGAAGGAGAGAUGCGAGACGAGGACGAACAGUCGUUGUUGCUUGGAUCGGGAGAACGAGGUCAUCAUGCUGGUGGUGGACCCGACUGGAGAGGCUAUCGGGCUGGUGAAAAUCCCAGGUUCGCGCACAGACGAGACAGAGAAGACUACCAAUACUAUAAUUGGAUGGGCAAACAGAGUGGAACCUGGUACCCAUCAUCCUCACACGGCUCUUACUAUCCGUCUGCGAAUGCAGCGAGUGCGUCAUCAACGUCUGCCAACCCUGCUGCCGCGUUCCCAGCCCAUCAGCAGCAACAACAACAGCGCUAUCCCCGGCAUCACCAUCAACAGCCUUCUGUGUUCCCGUCGAGAGAUCAUCAAGCUCAUCAUUCACGACACCAUCAACACCAGCGGCGGGACCCGCGCCUGUGGUCCGAAGAUCGCGAAACGAACAAGGCCGACUGA